CUCCUUUACAAUACUAUCGCAACGUCACGCAAGAGGUUCGACCCAGGAAAUAAUAUCCCAAAAGAACAAGAUUGAAGUGAGGCAUUGCUCAUCGAUUUGACCCUGAAUACUGUCACUUGUCCUGAAUGACAGAGCGCGAGGAGAGAGACACGAGAGGGUUGUUCUUUCUAGUAAUGUUUUGUACGGCAUCGAUGGUACAGAAUCAAGGGCAAAGACGCAAAAGUUUCCUUCCCAGCUCAAAUAUUUAUCGUCUCAUCGUUGAGUUUAGCCAUAAAUAUAUAUAAACAUUUCACAAUGUCAUGCUGGGGAGUGUUUAUGCGCAGACAUUAUCAGUUCUCCAGACUAUUAAAAUUACAUCAUCUCAACGCGCCAGCGUGUCAACAGAGAGGGUUCCACCCAACUACUGCUUACAAGACAUAUGAUGUGAGAAAAGUGGAGUUAAUGCCAUUGGAUCAGAGGAAACUGACGUUUGACUCCCAUGCGCUUGUUAAAGAGCUGGAAUCAAGUGGCUUUGAGAAAAGGCAGGCUGAAGUGAUCGUAACAGCACUGGUGACACUUACCACAGCCAAUAUGGACAUUGUAUACAGAGAUAUGGUCACAGGAAACCAUCAGGAAAUAGCUCUUCAACAAAUUAUGGCUCAUCUGGACUCUAUCAGAAAGGAUAUGGUUAUCCUGGAGAAGAGCGAAUUUGCCAACUUGCGUUCAGAAAAUGUUAAAAUGAAAACAGAGCUGGAACAAAUAAGGAACAGAUUACUGGAAGAGAGUCAAAGACUCAGAGCUGAUGCAAAGUUAGACAUUAAUCUGGAGCGGAGUAGAGUCACUGACAUGUUUACAGAUCAAGAAAAGAACUUAAUGGAGGUUAGAACGGAGUUUCAAAAACAGAAUGUACAAAUAGAAAACGAAGCUGGGGAAACUUCAAGGAAAAUAGACAUACAAGUAGCCUCUUUGAAGACACUCCUGGAAUCACUAAAACUACAAACGAUUCAAUAUCUUGCAGCAUGCAUCUUCACCUGCUUGGCAAUUGCAUUAGGUUUCUAUCGCCUGUGGAAAUAAUUCUCACUUUUGAAAAGACCUUCAGAGGAUUUAUCUAAAAUGUUAUUAGAACUCUUGUUUUAAUCUAAUGCAGUUUUUUUUAUAUGACAUUUCAGCCGUUACAUAAAUGGAUUGUUUUUUUAUAAAGAAUCAACUAGAAGUCAACAAUGGAAAAUGACAAACUGUUAAAAGAAAAGGACAAUAUGACAAUUCGGCUUGUACAAUACUGUAUAUGUGACUAGAUUCUGUCUAUAAUAUUGCAGUAAUUUUUCUGAUAUUCCAGCUAUAUUGAAUCACAAAAGUUCUACCAUGACUUUUUCUUGUUUUAGUUCUCAUUUGGCUCUACAGCAUGAAUGUAUUGUCAACAGAGUUUCUGGCCCAGAUAACUUGCUCAAGAUGCAGGCAACGUUUAGUAAAUUUUUAUUUAGCUAUUCCUACUUGCAGUUGGUAGUAAUUCUUGCUCUGUGAAUUUAUUCAUAGACUGAAGUGGUGCAGAAGAGGCCCCUUUACUAUCUAUAUCAUGCAUCUAGUGCAUCUGUCUGGCAGGGCUUAUAUAGAAGCUUGAACUCAUGGCUUUUGUCCGACUGGUUGGCUUUUUAAGAAAAUAAAAUCAAAUUUAAAUGUC